GCCCCAACGGCCGCCAACAAAGCGGCGGCGGGACGCGGGCGGCGCGCACACACGGCGCACACACACAAUGCUGCGCGGCACCUACCAGGCGGGCAGCCUCGGCCCAGACAACUCCUUCAUCAGCCAAGCACUGCUUUUUGAGACUAUGCCGUGUUCCCUGUACAAUGAAUCCCUCUGGGUUCUCGUUUAUUCUCCAGCAAAGAUUCUACCCAUUAAUCUUUGCGAAUGUGCAGAGUAGAUACCAGACAGUCUGGGGAAGCCAGGCUGCAAAAUACUGCACAAUAAUGCUUGAAACACAACUGUUUUCCUAUUCUUCUAAGGACACUGAUGAGCCGCCCCAAGAUGAGUGGACCACCCCAAGGCAACGGAGCUGUGCUUUUGUAAAUACCCCAUUACCAUGUAUUAAUAAAGCCAUUCAUCACAUUCAAGAGUUGGAAGUAAAGAUAGGGAGAUACUUUCAACAGUAUGACUAUGUGUUUAAGGAGGAGAAAAAGCUGUGGAUAACAGAACAAGUCGGUGCUGAAUCUAACAAAGAUACCUGGUUAUCAACUAGUUCGGAUUUACAAGAUGCUAAUGUAGCUCAUGAAGACAGCAAGACAUUAACCUUGAAGGAGGAAACAGCAGCUUUGCUACUGGAAGUUACUAAACUAAUUAAACGAUUGGAGGCUGAUCGUAUGGAGGCAGAAAAAGCUUUGGAGCGGGAGAGACAGCGAAGGAAAAAGCUCGGCAUGGAAAUUGAUAGUAUGUCACUUUGGAGGCUUCAGCACUUCCCUGCUGCUGUGCAAAAAGAAUACGAAACGUGCACUCGAGAUAGCUUAGAGCUACAAUGGCAUUUGGAUUGCAAAAGCCGUCAGCUGCGACAGGUACAAAACCAAAUAUUUAAGAUAGAAGCAGUUAGCAGAAGGAUUCAGGAGGAUGUAGACUUCAUGAAGAAACACAGCCCUCUGCUGGAAGAAAAGUUGAAUCUGGAGGGUGAAGCUGUGAAGGAUGUGUUACUGGCUUAUGAAAAGGCAUCAAAAAUAUAUUGUGAUGUUCAUUCUGAGCUCAUGAAAAUUCAAAAGACAAUGAAAAGAAUUGAUGAAGAAGCUAAAAAGAAGCUAAAAUCUAUGUAUGAGAAAAUUAAAUGUGCUGAGCUGCUACUAGGUCAAUACAAGAAUGAGUUAAAGCAUUCUGAAUUUAUUUGGACCGAAUACUGUAUGAAGUUAAAAGAAACAGAGGAGAAGAUUAUAAAGGAUGAAAAACACCUUGAGGAGUUAGUGAAGCAAAAAGCAGAAAUCCAGGAAGAUGCAAAAUGUUGGAACAGCAAAGUAGAAGAUCUAAAUAAUAAAGUAACUGUACAAGCUGAUGAGAGCGUAAAAAGAUUGGAUGAUUGUUCUGACUUGGUUAAAGCUAUGGAAGAAUUGAAAUCCACCAGGGAAAUUGAUCUACAAAAUAGAAAACGAAAGCUUCUCAAAAUCAAUGAAGCACUGGACAUCUUGAAAUGUGAAAAUGAAGGACUCCAAGGAGAAAAUGAAGAGUUUUUACAAAAACUUGAAAAUUGUUCAAGAACAAAGGAGACAUAUCAGUCAGAAGUCAAAACUCUCAGCAAAAGCAUAGAGAAGUAUGAAGAGCAAAUAGAAAGACUAAAUGAAGAGCUUUGUAAAGCUGAAUUAUCUUACAAUGAAAAAAAAGCAAAGUAUGAAGAAAUCCAAGGAGAAGUAACUGCAGAAAAGAUCUCUUACAAGAAUAUGGAGUGGAAUCUUAUAAAAGAAAUUCAAGAUGUAAAAGGAAUUUGCAAAGUGAUUCAGGCCAAGACUAAAAUAAUAUAUGAUGAGCUAGAGGAAAAACAAAGAGAGAAACUAAAGAAAAGAGAAGAAGAUAUGAAGAGGAUAGGAGAGAUAGAGAGACGCAUAGCUCAUCUAGAAGCAAAUUAUAAAAGAAAAGAAGAUCUAUUUAAUGAAAACCAUAAGAAGCUCUCCUAUUUGAAUGAGAGAGUACAAGAGCUAGAUAAAAAGCAGAAGCAAACAGAACAACAGCUGAAGCAAAAAAGAAAUAUUCUGCAACAACAGUUAAAUGCUACACAGGAAAAACAAUCAUUUCUUUCUAGUCAAAUUGAUGAAAACUAUCGCACUACGGAAAACUUAAAGAAUGAACUUAAGGAACUCACUGAAUUAUGGAAUAUGAAGCAAACACAGAUGAAAGAUGCAGAAAAAUCUUUCAACGAUUUACGGAAAAACUUAAGUGGUGUGAUGUUUAAGCAGCAAAAUGUCCAGACACUAUUUAAUCAUCUCCGAGAUGAGCUAGCAGAAUAUGAAACAAGGUCAAAUCAGGAAACAAAAGUAUAUGGAGAAUUGCUGCAGACAAGAAAGAAAGAUCUGAAAAAUUCAGAAGCCAAUCUGGAGGAAAUUAUUAGAGAAAAUCUGUUGCUAGCUCAGGAAUAUCAAAUGUCUCAGAAAUGCUACUUAGACUGUAAAGAAGAUCUCACAGAAGUCUACGAUAGUAGAAUCAGGGCGGAAGAUUCAGUUAGAGAUCAUCAGCAGCUGUGGGUGCUGCAGAGCAGGAUGCGCCGGGCGCUGGCGGCAUACCUGAGGCUGCGCGGGCUCCACGGCCAGGCUGGGCUGGCGAGGAUCCAGGCGGCCUCUCAGGAGAACGCUCAGAAAAUAUUAGCUGUGCAGGGGGAGUUGUCAAGAGCAAUCCAGCACAUCACUGCUUUCUUGCAUUCUUUGACAGAUGGCUUGGCUACUAUAGACAACAAUGCAAACAACCAGUGUAUCUUGGAUGGUGAAACAAAAGACAAGAAAAGUCACACAGUUCAGAUAACAGUGUAAUUGGACAUUCACCUGUUUGCCAUUUCACACUUCCAUGGACGAAAAACUCACUCACCUCCCAGCAUGCCUUGCCAUUCUUUUACUUACAGCAAAUCCAUAACAAUGAAACAGGUGACUUUCAUGCUGCUGUCAGGAACGAUCUAAUUUCAGCUCUGGGUGACUGAUUGCAAUUGGCUUUGCCUCAUCUGAUAAUUAAUCUAUGUCACCAUUAAUUGGAAGAGAGAAUAAUUACUGGCGGUGUUGACAGUGACUGUACGCUUCCCCAGAUUUCCCCACCGUGUUGGCCCAAAUAAAGGCUUUGCAAUUCAGUACUUAAAGUUUACGUAAACUGUAACAAUACCUAUGCCCAUGUGACACUUUCAGACACUCUGUCUAAUGUACUUUUGUUUUUGUGUUUACCAGUCUUUUUUAGCACUCUGAGAGCUGUCUCCCUCAAUCACUCCUCAAUGUUCUAUCUUAAUUUUGUGGAAGUUUAAAGUUUUCAAUGAGCUGGAGAUGAAUGAUUAAUGAAUAAAUUUAAAUGCUUCAUUUUGUCCAUGGA